AUCUAGAAAACAUUCUCAACGGAACCAAUCUCUUCUAACGAAUACAUUCAUACCUAUGCUUCGCCAGUGCAGUUGCAGUAUGCAGUUUUGUAAAUGAACCAAUAAAUAGAAUCGCUGAGAAUCUUCGGCAAUCAGUCAUGUUUUUAUUAUACCAGCGCAAAUUGAUUUUCGAUUCGUUAUCGGCAGUUUUGCUUUCUUUAAUACUUUUUCAUCUGGCGGUUAGCGGCAAUGAAGUCACUUUACCAUCCGUUCAACGUGAGAAGAUCGAUGAAGCAAUUAAGAUCAUAGGUGACUUUCUUCGAAGUGAGAAGGGAAUCGAGUGGUUAGCUGAAUCAAUAAAAGAACGCAAAUCGCAGUUAACGACUAUCGACCUAGUAAUAAAUAUUUUGGAAACCCCUUCUUUAGAGGGUCAAGUGUGGGAUGCUGCGAAGGUUUUAAAGGAAGCUCUAGAACUAAAGACCGAUAGCAUUGACUUGAAUUUAAAUAAAAAAGGUGCAAAAAGUAACAGUUCGGAGGAAAAUUGGAAUAAUGCAGUGACAGAUGUUGAGGACGAAGACGACAUUUUAUGUUUAUACAGGAAGAACAGUCAUAAUCCUCAAAUGAAAAAAUCUGAGGAUUGGAGAAAAUUGUUAGAUAUUGCACCUGGAUACACUAUUCAUUCAGUUACUGAUAAAGGCUCCAAGUAUCUUAUAUGUUUGAAAAAAAUUAAUAUAACAGAAACGCUUACAACGACGUUGCCGACUUCAAUAAUUACGACGUUACCGAAUCUAACAGAGGAAGUCCAAACAAGCAAGAGUGAAAUCAAUGAUAAUUUCUAUACGAUGCAUAGCAGAAGCUUUAAUCAAACAGCAUCAGUUGAAAAUAAAAAUUCUACUGAAAAUUUUGAUAACCAGACUAUUCGAAGAGGGCUAAACCGUCACCACGAUGAGAAUACCAGUAAUUCUGGAGAUGACUUUGAAGAGGAUUGUUCUACCAGUGAACAAGAUGAAAGUGACAGUGAUGUUGCUCAAGAUAUUAGUUUGAAAAACGUUACCCCUCUAUAUUCGGGAAAAUCAAUCAACCACCUGCCAGUACAAUCUAGAAGAGGAAAUCCUUUAAAAGAAGAACUCUCAAGUCGAAAUAAUAGUAUUGACAAAAAUAAUAACGUUGAAAGAUCUUUGAAAGAUAAUAAAUUAUUACAUCCUCAACACCAUAGAAAGAAGCACGAGAGAAACUGGAAUGGAUUAUUGGAACCUCAAAAAACCAAAAGACGCCAUAAACAAAUUCGUGACAAUAUUAAGAAGUCAAGAAAAUCGAUGAAAACGAAAGAAGAUCCGUUUACUUCAUUAGAAUCUAUAAAUAAUAAAAGACAACAGCCCAAUGAAUUUGAAUUUCUACUACAAGAUAAGCCAAAUUUUCAAUUUCAAAUGAUAAAUGCAAUACAGCAAACUAUUCCUUUUGUGUUAUAUCUACAUAAAUUGCAUUCCGAAGAAAAAAUGCAACUAGUAAAUAAUAUGCUCGAUUGUUUGUUUCAAGAAAAGCCUCCGUGUCAUAACGUUCGUCAGCAAAUUUUAUUUCCAUUCUUACCACCCGAGGAUGAUAAUCGCGGACAGUUUCCAUGUAUGUUUUCUGAAAAUUUUAAUCAAACAGUUACAAUACCAUAUUAUUUAAAAAAAGUUAUUUUACCUAAUAAUUUUGUUGGUCUUCUACAGAUUUCGAUGUUACCACCAAUUACUAAUGAACUAAAGGAUCAAGUUAACUUUGUUAUACCACUGCAUAAUUCAAAUUCACUGUCAGAAUCAAACAUAAAUAACAAUAAUCACCCAUCACGAAUUGAUAUUAAAAAAAUGCAAACAAACUAAGGCAGGGAUCAGAAUUUUAAGUUUGUUUCAAAAAAUAGUGAUACAAAUGAUCAGGCCUGGAAGAGUGAACGACAAAAAUAAAGAAAAUGCGAUUGGAUUACUGAUGCUUGAUAAAGACAAAAAUAAAAAUAAUUCUGAUGUGACAGAAUCUAAUUCAAAUAUUAAACAUAUCACAGAAAAUCUAAAUCCCGCAAGCAAAAAUAUUAGUGAAAUAAAAUCUUAAGUGAAAGUGAAAUCAUGCAAAAGAAUGUUAGUAGAAUAGCAUGAUAAAUUUUAAAGAAUAAACAAUCAAGAUUUUUUUUUAAGAUUGAAAUUAAAAGCUUAUUUGAUAACAUAACUAAUAACAUUACAUAUGAUCACGCAUUUAUUGCACAAAAAAUAGAUUUUAUUACUAUUUAAAAACUGUAAUUAAUAAGUUCAUUCUUCGAAUGUAGACAAAAAUAAAAUAAAGACAAUCAGUUUUUAAAAUGAA